AUGUCGCAUCUGAAGUAUUACUCCUACGAGGGCGUUGGUGUUAGAAAUAGGGACAUAUUUUCAUACAGCCAAGCAGUGCGAGUGGGAGACCGGAUUGAAUGCUCCGGCCAAGGUGGCUGGGAUCCUAAAACUGGUGAAUAUAAAAAAGAGAUCAACGAGCAAAUUGAUCUCGCUUUUGCCAAUGUCGAGCGGGCGUUAAAGGAUGCCGGUGGUAAGGGCUGGUCGCAAGUUUUUCGCAUUAACUCUUAUCAUGUCCCGAUGAACAAUGAAGCAUUGGAGGCCAUGGUGAGGAAUUUCCGGCAUUAUAUGCCUGGGCAUCAGCCAGUUUGGACUGCUGUAGGAGUGACGCGUUUGGCUGAGGAUGAUAUGCGUGUGGAAAUUGAGGUGGUUGCGCACGACCCAGAAGGGGCACAGAGGGCCUCAAAACUAUGA